CAGUACUUUUGGUAUUUUUCGAAGUAGGUAUACCUCUCGUAUACCUACAUUGUUCUUUUGAUCGAGCGAUUUGAUUUUUGAAUCGAAAGUGUAAUAAAAAUAACAAAAAUGGAGGUGGAUUUAAAACAUGUCUUCAAAUUCCUUUCAUUUUAAAUGAAUUUGUUUGUGAAACGGCAUUGUCUGGUGUAUUGUUUGUGAUGUUAAGAAUUCAGAAAAUGCUUGUAAUCAAGUGGACACACUAAACGCAUUCAUCGUUCUAGCCCGAAAGAUUUACUUCUCCAAAUAAGAUGAGCAACUGGGCGAGGCGUAUGCACCGGCGAGCAGCUACAUUGAGCAAUGUAGUCACAUCGUGUGGGCAUCCAAAUUCCUUACCAUAUCCGCGGAGAAUAGAAAAAGUAAAGUUUGGAGUUCCACUAGACGAAGUGUGUAAGGAUGACAUACCGGGACCUUUGCUUGUGCUGAUUUUAAAGCUUAAUAAAGAGGCACCGCUGCGCCGUGAUGUUUUCCGGGCCCCCGGACACCAAGGGGCCAUGAAGAAGUUGAUACACUUCUUACAAACUGGCCGGCUAGUUAAUGUAGAUAAUUAUUCGGUUUACACUAUUGCUAGUGUGCUCAAAAAGUUUCUAAGGAAAAUACCUGGGGGUGUGUUUGGAAGAGAUGGUGAAAUGGAGCUGUUUGCUGUUGUGGAGCUCCCAGCUGAACAGCAAGUUGAUGCUAUCAGAAGGCUACUGAUGGCGUUGCCAGUGUGUACGCAGAAGCUACUGGUGCUGCUCUUCGGCACGUUUCGCGUGAUGGCUUCCAACGCUGAGAAGGCUGGGACUGGCAUGACAUCAGAGGCCCUAGGCGUGUCGGUAGCGCCGUCGUUCUUCCACUCGUGCGUGUCCGACGGCAAGACCGCCACAAUGGAGGAUGUACAGAGAUUCAAGGCUGAAGUAUCUGUGGCGACUCGCAUAAUGCGGCAACUCAUCGAGCAAUUCAGCGCGGGGGAUCUGUUCGGCCGGAAGAACUACGAGUACUACGCGCGUGUGACCGGACGGAUAUUACGGGUGAGGGACGAGUGGAUCUGCUCGUUCCGGGACCCGCCCCCUCCGCGGCACCAUCGCGACCAGGAGGCUUAUGCUAGGCAGUUAUCAUUGGAGGCGGAAAAAACAUGGCUUCAGUGUGAAUGCGACCGUUGGGGCAACAAGUUCAAUCUAGAAGGGUUGUCAAAAUCAGAGGAGUGUCAGUCAAUGCCAACAUUAAUGAGUGCUGUAGUAGGAACGGGGGCGGGCGCAGGACUCGGUAUCAUCCCUGAACAUAGUCUGCUGGAUUCCUGCACGCGUCUCUCAAUUUCACUUGAGGAGAGCAUUUUCAAGGUGUCCGUCAGUUCAUCAUCACAAUCGUCGCGUAGCAACUCCAGUCCGCACAUGACUCUGGAGGAGCUUCGGGCAAUCAACAAGUACGCGGAGAGUACCAAAAGUCUCUCCUAUCUGCCACAGGCGGGUCGCGUCGUCGCUCUAGGCGCGCGCGCGUGUGCCGCGCCCUCACGCACCCCGACACUGAGGUCCCGCUCGCUCUCCAGCCUCGUCAAGUGACCGCUUGACCUUGACCACCGCACCAGCCGUGCCCGCGGCAGACGCACCGCACACGCAAUCCCAACUGGUGACCAUACUGCACUGUCACAUGACACACAAGUACGUCAUCAUCAAGUGUCCGUAUUGUACAGUUAUGCAAAAACGUUCCAAAGAAACAAGUCACGCAAAAGAGUGUCAACGUGUCAUCUCGACCUUUGUUAAAACAGUGUAUUAUUUCAGUCAGAAAAUAGUCCUCAAUUUAUAUAUUUACCUUACACACUUUGGAAUAAUUGUGGAUUGGAACGUUCUUGCAUAACUACGUUAUAUUAAGCUGCAUAUUUAUAUCGAGCAUCUGCAACUGAUUCAAUUAGCGAUUCAUUUGAGUGUGCCCAGAUGAGCGGAGUGCGUUCGUGGUUGCGAGGGAUGUCACGAACGAUGAACCAAUUUGGGAUGCGAGGUUGUUGGCUAACUGAUAUAAAUUAAGUUCCUCUUAUUUGGGGAAAAAUUAUAUUAAUUGUACACCAAGCAGGGCUUGUAAUCCGGUUUCGGUAACGUAGAAAGUUUUCGGAAUCAUUUUAUUAACCUCCGUUAACAGAUUCUUAUCGGUGUAUAGAAGUUAUUAGAAGAAGUUUUUAAAUAGCGGCAUAAACCGAUAGCUUACACAAAAGGGUGGACCUAAGUCAUCCGAUUUUGGAUCAAAGAAUAUAGGAAAACUGAAGAAUAUUGAAGCAUUUUCUUGUACCUACGGAUUAUACAGUUGCAGAUGUUUGUGAUCGAAUAUAAAAUUGAUACGCAGCUUUAAAUCCCUGUCAUUCUGUCUUACUUAUAACUUUUCAUGCAGCCCAAUGUUAAAAUUUACAUUCGUUUUCAUGUCAAUGUUUAUAACCGAUUUGUUUUUAUUCAGACUUAGGUUAGGACCGAAUUUUUUAAGUUUCUAGUUGCAAACGAAAACUAAAAAUCAAGAAGUCACAACGAUUAAAUAAUAUUUUUUACUGUAAAACACAAUUUUGUUAGCAUUAUUUAAAUUUGGUCCUAAACUAUGUAACAAGUAUGUAACAUUAAUCAAUAUAACAACAUUGGGCAAAACACUAUUGUUUAAAAAAAAAAUCAUAGUCACUUUGAAUCAACUUUGAAUCUUUCGGUAUAGAAAUCAAAACUAGCGCUCUCUGAAAUUGUAAAUGUGCUUAGUUUCUAGCUAUUAGUCUAGAUGUGUUACUACGAAUUGCCAGUAAAUAUGAUAAUAUAAACAACAAUUAAUAAUGCGGUUAGGCAAUUCUUAUACGUCUAUUAUAGUAGGAGUUUAAUAAAUAAAUAAGUGUUUAAGCCACAAUUGCGCAUGACUCAGUACAGUGCAAGUGGCUGUGCAGAUACAUGAUUCGAUGGAUUCAUUGUAAAUCGCACAUGCGGGAAUGUAGUAAUCAAAACAAUUUGAGAGCCAAUUUCAGACCUGUUAAGUAAGAUUUUGAAGUUCUGUCUCCUUUUUGUCGAUAUAUAAGGUUUAUAUCCGAUUCAAUCAAUGAUUCAUUAAGUUUCAUUCUAUUUUAUUGAAAUCUGUUUAAUAGUAAUCUAAAUUACCAUGUCUCAAAAUGGUUAUACAGUGUGUAAAGGACGGCACUACUUUUAGACCUGUUAAAUUAGUUACGAGUUUUAUGUACAAGAGAAUCGGCACCUGUCCCCGUUCAUCUUAGGGCUUUUUAAAGACUGCCCACAGCCCUUUCAUCAGUAUAGCUCUUCUGACUUUACAUGUGCAAGUGCGAACUUCCAGCGUACUUCAGAGGUAUUUAUAAAGAAUAACGAGACAACUGUACUAAAUUGACAUUGUAAAUUACAAAAUAAAUAUAUAAUAUAAUCAAAUUUAUGACAUAGUUAAGCGCGUAAUAUCAAUUUCUAGAAAGACGUUUAUGUUCACUAUCACAAUUUAUCUUCACUAUAAAUAUAAUCGGUGCCAUUAAACAUUAUGUCAAAAUUAUAUUAUGUCCCUGAAUUUCGUAAGUUAUUUUUGUAAGAAUUUAAAUCUGGACAAUUGAUAUAAAACAUUCCUGUUUAUAUUUUAUCUAGUUAGUUUUUAUGUAAUUGAAGGUAUUUUUAAAAGAUAACGAGUUGAUAAGAAUUAUAUGAAGUGUGCUAAAAUAAUAAAUAAAAAAAAUAUUAUUUACAUAUUAUGUGUUAUGAGUAUACAGUUAAUCAACUUCUUUGUAUACUCAUUGAGAGUAUCGUUGCCAAAAUAACAUCGAGGCGACCUAACGCAAAAGUUGCGAGCAGGGUGGCACUCCGUACUCCUCCGUACUGCACCCAUUCGUUGCCUUGUCGAGUGGCUAGGUUGACUCACUACACAUAUGGUAUUUAUAUAAAACGCUGCAUUUCUGACUACCUCAUACAUUCAAAUCUAGAUUUUUCUUCUUCAUCGUGUUGAAUGUCAAUAAUAGAGACGGAAACACUUUAGCAACCUACUUAUCAAACACCACGCAUAUGUGCCUGCCUAAUGGACAGAAAUAGAGAGUAAAUAUUUUUCAAUGUAGUGCUUGUUACAAAGUUGACAAACAAUUUGUGAACAAAGUUAUUUAUUUAAACAAAUUGAAAUUAUAUCGAAUACAAUUUUAUGGAUCUUUACAAUAAAAUUACUUAGUAUAGCAAUAAUGACGAAACACCAAAUGUCCGAAAUUAAAGGGCAGUCGAGUAUUCAUGAGUUUGCGUUAAGCCCUGAUACAUCGUCUAAAACUUAUUACAUAAAACUGUUUGUAAACGGCAUUUUGUUUUAUAAUUUGGCCACAUACCUACGAAAGACUGAAAAUGUUAUAGAAAAAAAAAACAAUAUUCUCUGAACAUAUACGAAUUUAAUUUUAUGGUAAUGUAAUUUGUGAUGCCUGUUUAAUAUAACGAUAUGCAAUUUGUUGUCUAUUAAAUUAUAGUACAAAUUUCCUUACGCCUAUCUUUAGGUGCCACCUACACGCUCGAAAAUGUUGCGUUGUUGUUACUUGGCGAUAGGAUGUUCAAUUAUACUAGAUUUUUUUUGAGUAAUAAUUGUCCAGCAAGAUCUCCCCCUGUCAGUUAGUUGUAGCAAAAAAGAGAGAACUUUGUUAAUUUGGAUUCAUGCUUAUCGUGUUAACGUUUCAAUAAAAGAUUUGCUCGUUAACCCUGUAUCGUUAAAGUAAAAUGGACCUGAUGUCUCUGGUUUUAGAGUCGCAAGUCCUGUAGUUUUUUGUUUCAACAAAAGUUUUGUCAAAAACCUGAACUUAAGGAUUCAGCUUUAAUCAAAUGCAGAUGAAAUCCAUUUUACUCCGAAUUUAUAAAAGUAUUGUGGUGGAUUUACAAUGGUUUUUUUUGUUGGGGAAUAUUGUCAAAAGAUAAUAUUAUAAAUUUAACUUAAAAGUAGUACAGCAUGUAUGCCUCAGCAAGAAAACUUAAUCCGUGGCAAGCGAUUGUCCAACUUUUACCUGAGUUUGCUUAAUAUCCUUUAAAUAACAAGUGACGUCGUAAUGCCCGUCUAGAAUUGAGCAAUUUUAGUUGCCCGUAUAACUAACUACACCUGUAUAUACUUCCAUUGCUUCCAAUAACUUAAUGCAUAUUCUUGUCGUGUAGGUGGCAUUUAAUGAUUAUACUAUUUCUAUUAGCUAUGCUUAAACAUAAACCGUGUCAAGUUUCUAAUAUAAUUUAUAGGUGCUAGGUUGAUUGUGAAAUCUCUUGUAAUAAAAAAAUUACACAUAUAGUUAUUAAAUAUCACUUUAACUAUCGAUACAUUUAUCUGAUGUAAACUAUUAUAAAUAAUGUAAUAUUUUAUUAUUAGCUUUAUUAAAAUGUAAUUUUGUUAAUCAACUUUUAGAGUUAGUGUUCUUAUAAUGUCUGGGGGUUAAUAGUACCGAAGUUUGACAGCGACUUUGUGAUAAUCGCAAUGCAUCCUUCUACAUUUAUUUAUAGCUGUCGGAUGAUGUCUGUGAAUCAUACUGGCAGGCUAGGUAUAUUUUGUGUAAAUAUAAAUUACAUAUUAUUCACAAACCCUGUUGCACGUUUUGGGACAAUUUGUUUUAGUAUUUAUAGUCAAAUAUAUUUUAAGACUGGCGGUUUUAUAAAUAAAAACUGCAUGCUCGCUCUGCGUUUAAUUUUUGAUAUUACUGUCAAUAAUUGUAACACAUCAGCACAUCAUCUGAAGGUGUUGGUGUCGAGUCGUAGUUUGUUGUUUGCCCAAAAACAACCAACAUAUGAUGUGACGUGACGCCUCCACACCAAUUCUUGAAACGGUGUGCUGAUUAAAUACACACAAUGUUAUCUGUCCCUCAAUCAGAAAUUGCACUACGCAGCACUAUUGCAGUGUACACCAUUGCACAACAUUCCACUAGUAACUUUGUCGAUUACUAGUCGAAUGUUGACACGUCGCGUCGGGAUGGGUGUUGCGUACGCGUAUUUACCACAGUUUUAAAACUAAAGUGUUGCAGGUUUUAUUUGUAAGGUCGCUAGAGUUAAAGCUCGCCGCUUGGAGGUUAUAAUUUAGUUGUUAGUCUGACUAGGUUAUUUAUAAAUAUAUAAUCAAGCUAGCGUACACUUAGACAAGGCAGUACAUUAAAUGCCGUAACGUUCUACUGAGAAAUAUUUUAUAAUUAACGCGCAUGGAAACUUGUCGCUUUCUUGUAGUUCCUUGAAAGUAGUUAACAGUUAGCAGGGCUAUUGUAACGAAUUCUUUACUUCUGUUGCAACAGCACAUGUUUCCAUAGCGCAAUUUUACCUGUCUUUCACAGGUUUUAAAUUUAAAUUACUUUAUUCCUUAACCGACUUGGCAUAGAUCAUAGAACGAAAUCUCCUAGCCUGCUCCUGUAUGGGCGGUACCAAUGCGUAGACUUUUGAGAGGAUAACCUAUAACGACCUGUUUUUCGUUUGGUUUGAACUCCUUAGAAAUGCAUUUUAUGAUAAAAAUUUCGACAUAUUCAUCAGAGGCUAUAACGCCACAAAUUGUGGCUAAGUAUCUGUUAGGAUAAGAAAUUUAUUCAGUUCAUUAGGGCCUGGUUUCGGUACGCUUUACAGUAGGGAGUGAGGGGAGUCUGGAGUAGAACUUAAAUGUUUUAUCUCUCUCGCUCUUUUUCAUUUAAAAUAAAGGCGAUAAACAGGUAAACCGUCUUGUACGAUCAGUCUUGGCUAUGUGUACGUCAGUUAUGUUACGCGGGAACGUGUAAUGCCGGGGGCACACUUGUGCCAAGCGUGUUUAUUCAAAUCAAACAAACACUAAAAUGUUGUCCGAUAGUCGAUGCCUGGAUUUAGUUUGCCAUGGACAACGUCGUUACUGUAUCUAGGGUAGCACACAUCUGCAACCUUAACAUACUAGGGACUUCACUGGCAAAUACGAGUCACGAUGUCUAAAGUUACUAGAACAUCAUCCACAGGUUAAGGGAACUGUGAAUUAAUCUUAGUCCAACCAUUCCACCAAUCCUAACACCUUUGGAUAUGCGUUCCAUGGAUGAGUUCUAGAGCUCGAGUUAUAAAAGGGUUUUUGGAUUCAGCCCACCCACUCCUGACACUGUAUCAUUUAGCCCGGUUGGUGAAUGCGUUAUAUUAAUUUAAAAAGUUGGUUUGAACACGCAUAGCUUGAGGUGACAGUGGCACGUAGUAAAUUCAAGGCUCAUUUUCACUGAUCGAUAGAUCCCGAAUUCGUACGCGACGAAAAUGUGCCUUAAGGGACGCUGCAAUUUUAUCACGUGAUCACUCAACAUUCUGAUAGGUAUAUUCCUGCACUUUUCCAAGUGGGCCAAACCCAUUACUGUACAUUUGAGUACAAUUUAAUUAUGCGGAAUUUCAAUUUGCUAUACUUUAAUUUAGUCACGCGUAAGCUCAAUUUAUUUAUGAAUUCCUUGUGGUUGUGGUGUAGCAGCUACGCGUUAGGCUUUUGCUGGCCAUAUUUUAGGGUAAUCUAAUCAUUCUUAUUAGCAUUUUUGCACUUCAUGAAGUAUAACUACUUAAGCUACGUCGCGAGGCAAAUUGCGUAUAUUUAAAGGAAUAUUUAUUAUGAGGUGGGGAUUGAUCUGUGUAACAUUAAGUGUUAUAAAACCAGCUUGAGCAAUUAUGAGUUGAUUCCUUGGCGAAUCUGUAGCCUUAGUACAAGAUUUGUUCGUUCUGCAAUCGAGGAGUCGUUUUAGCAUAUCAAACUCCGUAUCGUCAAAGUAAAAUGGAACUAAUGUGACUCUUUUUAGAUUCGCAAAUCCCGUACUUCUAAUUUUCUUUUACAAACAUUUAAUCAAAAGCCCGAGCUUAAGAAUUGCAGACGGAUUUAAGCUUUACAGCUUAAUGCAAAUAAGAUCCAUUUUACUCCGAUUUUCAAGUAUUACUAUACUCAGAUACGACUCCUCGAUUGCGAGCGAGCAAAUCUUUUACUAAAGCUAAUGGUGCUUUUACUUGACGUUUCUCUUUAAAGCUGACCAUGGCUGAGAAAGCCGGCCGGAAAGUACACUACGAUUACCGCAGAAGGCUCAUAAGCGUACAGACACGCACACCUCUUUUUCUUUCUUUCGAUAUCUUAAGAUCGGUAUCUUUAAAUUUUUGAGUAGUCCUUUGCAAUAGAACGAUUUAAGGCUCAAGGUCAAUCCUCUCUUACUCCCUUUAAGCUUAUCGUACAUUACGAGAGCCGCAGCCAACGCAUUUUUCUUCGAACUUAGAAUUUACUAUACGGCUCGGCUCGGGUGUAAUAUGCGAACGGCAUUGUAGUUAGUAAAAGUUAUCUUGGACAUUUGUAAUCCGAGUUCCUGUGUUCAUUGGUUAGCUAUAGGAUUUGGAUAGUUUAAUUGGUUAGUAAUGUAUAGAAUAAUAGUUAAUUUGUAUUUUAUUAUAAACGUUUGUUUUUUUUUUCCUAUAAAAUUUAAUUAAAUAAUAUGCGCACGUCGAAUAUGAAAAUAACAAGUUAAGGUCUUAUUAAUUCCAGAACUAAUUAGAAUUAAUUCAACGGUCAACAAGAUGGCUCAUUAAAUUAGCUUUUUUUU